AAGAAAAUUUCAGUGGUGGUGAGAUUAGAGUCCUUUGGCCUUCAAUUUCAUCUGUUUGUUUCUGGGUAUCCAUAAUGGAAAGUAAGGAGACGCAAAAUAGGGAUGAUAUACCGACUUCUACUUCCCCACCACUGAGGAAUGAAGAUGUCAGGUCCAAUAGUUCGUUGAAUGAACAGGGUAACUUUGACCUGGUAGCUUUUUAAGUACGGUUGGAUUUAUGAAGUUUCAUGUCCAUUUACCACAAUUUCAUAGUUGAGCUCAACUCUUUAUGCUGCAGAGCAACAAUUUCCAGCUAAUCAAAAUGUUGGUGUUCAAAUCACAUGUUUCCCUAGAGAAUACCGCUUCAACUAGCUGCUGCAGGGCAACAAGUUCCAGCUAAUCAAAAUUCUGGUGUUCAAGGUUGCAUUUUUCCCCAGGGAAUACCGUUUCAAUUGCCUGGAAACUGUGUUGACGGAAAUGUUUCUCCACAGAAGAAGGUUUCGAAGGUGCUGCUCAAGGGAAUGAGAUACCCUAAGCUUCUACAAUGGGUUCAGUCACAUGGGUUCAGAUCAGGUCAGGCUUUGAUGUUGUGGAAGCGCCUCUAUGGGAACAACAUCUGGGCACAUUGUAUUGACGAGAUGGAAGGCUUGAACAAGGAUUUCAAGAAAAUGUUGAGUGAACAUGCUGAAUUCAAGGCGUUAUCUAUGAAAGACAUUUACACAGCAUCUGAUGGAACUCAGAAGAUUAGAACGUUGCAUUACAUUGAGAAUCUUCUCAUUGAUUUUGAAACAGUCAUCAUUCCAUGUGAUAGAGGUAGAACGACUGUCUGUGUUUCAAGUCAGGUGGGUUGUGCCAUGAAUUGUCAGUUCUGCUACACUGGCAGGAUGUGUUUGAAGAGACAUCUGACCACGACUGAGAUAGUAGAGCAAGCUGUAUUUACACAGCGCCUGCUCUCAAGUGAAGUUGGUUCAAUUUCAAAUGUUGUGUUUAUGGGAAUGGGAGAGCUACUUCACAAUGCUGGAAAUGUCAUAAAAGCUUCCGACAUUAUGGUGCAUGAGCAGGGCCUCCACUUCAGUCCUCGCAAGGUCACUGUUUCUGCUAGUGGGCUUGUCCAGUUGAAAUGAUUUCUCCAUGAGUCCAAUUGUGCUUUAGCUGUUAGUUUGAAUGCUACAACUGAUGAGGGCAUAAACUGGAUCAUGCCAACUAAUCGGAAGUAUAAACUAGGGUUAAGUUCUGUUUGAAUAUCUUAUGCUCGACAGCUUUGUCCGCCUGGGUCAAGUUAUUUAGCUCAUCAUUGAUUUAUUGGAGGGGGCUUUUGCAAUAGAAAUGCUGAAUGCUUGUACUUAAGUGUUGACUUUCACCAUUUACAAGUCAAGUAAGACCGGUCCUAAGGGGAAGGGGAACCGCUCAAUCUUCCAACAAUCCUACUGGACCAUCUCAAUGGAGAUAUCCAGCCUAGUCUCUCUAGUUUUUUGCCCCUCUUUUACUGCUAAUCCCUAUCUGGUCGCUCACCCAGUUCAGCAUACAACAAAACCACAGACUGAUUCUUCUAUUUCAGAAUCAAUUUAAGCUGCUCCCUCUCCUGCACCACCAGUCCAGACAGCUCUUUUCCCACCCAAAACACAGGUUUUCUGUCCUGUAUCCCAGACUGCUGCGGCUUGGACUGUUCAUCCUCUUUCACGUUUGGCCAAGGAAUUUAUACCUUGUCAUGUGGUGCAAGGUAACUUUGGUCAAUCUCAAACCACUGCUCCUAUUCAGCCUGCUAGUAGACUGACUUCACCUGCUGAUAACUUUGGUGAUUAACAUUUAGCUCCAUGACCACAUAUAAAUUUAGUUCAAAUUUACUGUUUGUAAUCAUGAUUUUUAAGUUUUACAAUCAUAGGUCCAGUAAUUCCAAUUGAUCUACUUGCUCAAGCUUCCAAUACUCCAGUUCAACCAUCUUCUAAUAGAUCCACAAACUAAGCAUGUCAAUUUCGACCAUCUUCUAAUAGAUCUACAUACGAAACCCGUCCAGUUCGGCCGUCUUCUAAUAGAUCUGCAUAGAAAACCCAUCCAAUUCGACCAUCUCAUACACCACAGUCCCAGAUUGAUUUGUCAGACCUGCAUGCUCUUACACAAGCAGCUAAGGAUUUUCCAACCAAUCACAUAAAGCAAGAUUUCGACAAACCCCUUCAACCAAGUGGAAGAGAGUGCCUCUUUUGCAAGAGGGAUCUUUCAUUCACACUAGAAGCCAAGGGCCCCAUUUCCUAGCCAAGUAUACCUCGAUCUGUUGCAGUUUUGCCAUGCGGCCACUACUUUUCACACUCGCUGCCUUGAGAAGUCUACAGAUCCAUGCAUUCUUUGUGACCUUGAUGAGAAUGCAUCCUGAAGACCAAAAUAUAGCAUCAGUCAGAGUAUAGGAGGGAAUCGGAGAUGAAUAAUUUUUCAGAGAAUAUAGCAUCAGUCAGGAUUGAAGUAGAUCAAAAUUGAAUAUCACUGUACAUAGCAAGUCAUUCUGGUCCAUAUAGUAGUUUACGCAUUUUGAAGUGGGAUUUAACCAUUUCAUUUAAAUUCAUAAAUUUAUAUCAGAUUUCUUUGGCUUAUACAGAUUUAAACAUGUUUAUAAUUUUUGAGUUCUCUUAAAUAUUUAAAUGUGUUUUGGGUGAAAGACGAUUGUGUGAAACCUAAUCGUAAAUCU